AUGCCGGCCCUUCACAGCUCCUUUGAGGGGAAACGACAAUGCAAGCCACUUGGCCACCAAAGCGGCCUCUUAGCCGCACGGGCCUGCCAGGUGGCUGCCACCGACCAGGGGAAGCGAAAUAGCCACCGCCAAUGUACAAGGAAAGGAAAGGGCCAAACGCGGGAGAGGGCGCGCGGCUCUGCGUCGCUGAGGAAUAGUUGUAGGGGGCGGGCUGAGUUUUCCCGGAGUUGCGAGCAAGCACCAAAUCUACUCUCUCGGAUCCGUCCGCGGCGCGCCCGCCCUCCCUGCCUCCUCUCCCAGCUGCUGUGCGGACGUGAGGAGCAGGCGGAGAACGCGCCAGAGCCGGGAGCGGAAAAAAAACCAAGUGAGUGCACGAGAGAUACAAAUGGAUCGUUUGGUGGAGAAAUCCGUCUUCGUCACCGCCGCCAGGCUGGGAUUAAUGCGAUUGAAGGCUCCUCCAGGCUCCGCCAGGGAGACGGGCUCGGAAAAGCAAAAGAAAUUGAACUUACCCUAAGGACUUCCCUGGUGGCACAGUGGUUAAGAAUCCGCCUGCCGAUGCAGGGGAUACGGGUUCGAGCCCUGGCCUGGGAAGAUCCCACAUGCCGCGGAGCAGCUAAGCCCGUGCGCCACAACUACUGAGCCUGCACUCUAGAGCCUGCGAGCCACAACUACUGAAGCCUGCGCGCCUAGAGCCGGUGCUCUGCAACAAGAGAAGCCACCGCAAUGAGAAUCCAGUGCACGGCAACGAAGAGUAGCCCCCUCUCGCCACAACUAGAGAAAGCCCGCGCACAGCGACGAAGACCCAACACAGCCAAAACAU